AUGGAACCACGGCAGCUCCUCGCCGGGUUGACGGCCACCGCAGUGCUGCCGACCGGCACACCUUUGGUCGCUCGCAACUGCGGCGGACUGAAUCUCCCUAUGGGAGGUGUCCUUUCCAUGCCGAACGGAGACUUUGUCACCCUCACAGCAGCAGCCGCUUUCAAGCCCGUUUGCACACCGGUCACGCCACCCGCGAUCAUUGCGAAUGGCGGAGGCGGGUCUGUGUCGAUCGACGACACGGUCGAGGGAUCGAUGCCUACCGACGAUGGAUGGACCUUCUCGGAUUACCGGGACCCCUUCUACGCAUCGACAUUUCCCCAGUGCUACGCUCUGGCCGCAACUACCGUGGUCGCAUACACGCUGGUCAUCAUGCUCUUCGCCACACCGCGGUCUUUUUUGGAUGGGGGAGUCGUUGUCUUGGGCCAGAGGGGAUUCACAAAUAGGGGUUCCGGUCCAACCAUUGGCGGGCGGCCCUGGUUACAAAAAGUUGCGGCUCUCGCAGUCGCCAUAUCCCUGACCAUCGCCAGCGCCGCCACAUUCCAGGCCGCCGAAGAACAGUACUCAUACGGCGUGCAGAACGCAAGGCGAUUACAAACGGACGUUCUUGGCGGCAACGAGCUAAAGAUCAUUCGCAUCAUAUCGAAUACCUUCCUCUGGCUUGCCCAGGCCCAGACUCUCAUCCGUCUUUUCCCACGCCAACGAGAAAAGGUUAUCAUUAAGUGGACCGCCUUCGCCCUCAUCAUGUUGGACGUCAUCUUCCAGUCUCUCAACAGCUUCAAAUAUGAGCAAGGACCGGCCCGGCCCGGCUCUUUCUCGGAUGCUGUCCCGGCCCUCAGCUAUCUCUUUGCCCUCUCGUUGGGUGUUCUCUACGCCGCUUGGGUGAUUUAUUAUUCCCUGUUGAAAAAGCGAUACGCCUUUUGGCACCCGCAAAUGAAGAAUAUGCUGCUGGUGGCGGUGUUAUCGCUGUUUGCGAUUCUAAUACCCGUUGUGUUUUUCAUCUUGGAUAUCGUUCAACCCGAUUUUACCGGAUGGGGCGAAUACGUCCGAUGGGUAGGUGCAGCCGCCGCCAGCGUUAUCGUGUGGGAGUGGGUGGAAAGGAUCGAGGCCCUGGAGCGAGAGGAGAAGAAAGACGGGAUACUUGGCAGGGAAGUGUUUGAUGGAGAUGAGAUGCUCGAAAUGGCUCGUUCAAAUAACGGGCUCAGGAGGAGGCGAAAAGAGGCCGACGAGGCGGAUAAAGAGUCCAGCUUUGACAGCGGGAGGGAUGACAGCCCAGGUGCAGGGCAGAGCAAUAAUAGGUGGCCAAAUGUCACGGCCAUUACAGCCAGAUACCGACCACGGCCGAAGCCCAAGAGGACGACGAACCCCCCCAAAUCGCCAAGUACGCAACCGUCCAACCACGAUAGGAUACGAUUCCUACAACCUCCAUUAUGGCCGGCGAGGCCACCGCCGGCUGUCACACCCAUCAGCCGCACCGAUACUUCCAGCGCGGCGAGCACAGUUUACGCUGUCCGGUACCAUCCACUAACCGAAACGACCUCGCGCACUCCCCCUCCUCCACAAGGUAACGCGCAGCUUUCACAAAGGGACAGCGUAUCCUCGAGCCACGCCGGUGAUGAUGACGGGACCCCGAGCGAGGGCGGCGACGUGCCUACCCAGCCGACCCAGGCUGCACCACAGGCACCAUCGGCGCCAUCGACAGCGGCGACGUCGGCCAACCGCUGGCGCUCAAUAACGCAGCGAAUUCCCUUCCAGAAUCCACGCAACACCGACGUGGAGCGCGCCGUCCCGGUAACUCAAGACAGCGUCCCACGGCAAAAAGCCAGCGGGAGCAGCAGAAGCAGUAGCAGCAACAAAUGGGACUUCCGGGGCCGUCUCGAGGACUUCGCCGCCACGCAAGCAGACCGCCUGCGUGACAAAUUUUGGACUACACCGGACACCGACAGCCUGCCAGUGACGGUCAUCCCAGCCCCGCCCCGACGGGGUGCUGCGCUUGCGCAGCUACUCGAGGAGGAGGAGCUGGACACCCAGGGGGGCACGACCAACCUUCCGGUGCACCGACAAGAUAGCAAUAUAUCGAGGGCGGUGCCGGCAGAGGAGGAGACGUCCCCUGUCACCAGAUUUGUGGCCGGGUCUACCAACGAAGGGCCGAGGGUGCAGCAUCAGCAACAUCAGCAGCCCCAGCUCUGGCCAGGCGCUAUUCGGCGCGAGUCGGAGUCGCUUUCUGCGCGCCCACGGUUGUCGAUACCCCGGGCCGGCACCCCGUCAAUAACCGGGCUAGACAGAUCACCGCCGUCCGGCCAUCCAGCGUCGGCGGUGACUCCCGGUUCAGCCGUUACCCCUGGCUCAGCGGGCCCUCCGCCGCCGGGUUUCGGCCAUGGACCGGACCACGGCACGCCCCCGUCAUGA